GAGGUAUCAUGACUCCCCUCGUCGUUUUCCUGCUUCUGGUGGUGCAAGCCGGGAGCGGGGCUACAAGGAGCCAAGAGGAUCCCGAGCUGCCCUCCGUGCCUUUACCAGCCAGUGUGAUAAUCAAAUCUUAUAACAUGGACCCUGUCUUGUGUUGGGAGUACCAGAACAUGACACAGAACCCUGUGUUUACUGUACAGGUAAAGAACUACGGGAAUGGAGAAUGGAUUGAUGCCUGCACCGAUAUCUCUCAUCAUUGCUGUUCUAUUUUCAACCAAGUUGAUGAACCAGAAUAUCCUCUCUGGGCCAGAGUUAAAGCUAGGGUUGGACAAAGAGAAUCUGCCUAUGUAGAGUCAAAAGAAUUUACUCUGUGCAAACAAGGAGAAAUUGGACCACCUGCACUGAAAGUCAGAAGGCAGGAAGACCAGCUCAUCACUGAUAUAUUUCACCCUUCAAUUGUUACAAAUGGAGAAGUGCAAGGAAUUAUGUAUGAUGCUAUGUACGAAGGCGCUUGUUACACGUUCGACUACACCGUGUAUCUGAGAGUGAAUGGGAGCAAGAGCCUCAUUACAAAACAUGUACAUGCGGACAAUUGCAACGAGACCCUGUGCCAACUCAGCAUCCUCAUAUCCUCACUGGAGUCUGAGUAUUGUAUUUCAGCAGUAGGAGUCUCAAGAGAAUGGGCGGUAACAACUGAGAAGACAAAAGAAGUUUGUAUUACCAUUUUCAGUAGCCAUAUAACAGAUUCUGUUUGGAUUCCAGUUGUUUCUGUCUUUCUGUUUUUAGCCAUUAUCCCAUUACUUGUGUAUUGUCUUAUGAAGAAUCUAUUUAGGAAAAAAAGUAUCAUGUUACCCAAAUCCUUGAUCUCUGUGGUAAGAAAUGUCACCUCAGAGACAAAACCUGAGUCAAAAUAUACAUCGCUCAUCACAUCAUGCCAGCCAUUGGUACCAGAAAAUGAGACGGUGAUCUGCGAAGAGCAGGCCUCUCCAGCAACGGUUCCAGCCCUGCAGACAGAAGACAAUCCAGGAGCAGCAGGAAACAGAGAACCUUCUAGUGAAAUAGAAGUGGUCACUACUGAAGAAAAUAUUUCUCAACUGACCACCUGUGGCCCUUUGACUCCAUUAAACAAAGAGAAUUCUUCCCCUUCAGAUAGUAACCAGUCAGAGCCAGGCAGCUUCACCUUGAACUCCUAUCACUCCAGAAAUGGUUAUGACAGUGGCCUCAUGGGAUCCGACAGCCUUGUAUCUGACUCUGAACUCCCCCCAAAUAAUAAAGCUGAAGUGAAGUCAGAAGGACAAGAGCCCAUAAGGCUGAGAAAUGCUCCCACAUCUUUUGGCUACGAUAAACCACAUGUGCUUGUGGAUGUGAUAGUGGAUGGGGGUAAAGAGUCUUUGAUUGGUUAUCGGCCUACAACAGAUUCUGAUGAAGUUUCCUAAGAUCUAAUGAAAGGAUCUGAAUUUCCUGAAUUGUUUUCCUGCUUUGACUUUGUAAAAACAUCAUGAAGUCUGACAUUGUAUCCUCAUUGAUAUUAACCAGAUGGAAUAUCUUGGCUAAGACAAAGAUGUAAAUAACCUUUUGACUUUCACAUCUGAUUUGAAACUACAAAGACUGUUGAAAAAAACUCAUUGUAGUCACAAAGUACAUAUAGAGUAUACUAUGAUAAUAAUAAGUUACUCUUUGAAGCAUGAAAUUUUGGAUAGCACAUUUUUAAAGCACUGAUUUUAUACAUUAGAAAAGAUUAAUGUUAAUAAAAAAAAUCUAUAAUGUUAAAAAACAGUCCCUCCUGACUAAAGUGAAACAUAAAUGUAGCACAAUUAAAGAAAAGCUAAAAAACCACCUCAUUGUAGUUAAUGAGCUUUUCCACCUAAUGGAUAACAGCAGAUUUUUAAUAUAUAUAUAUAUAAAAUUGGUUAUUUUUCUGUA